CGUUUUUUCGUUGGUUUUCUUCGUCGAUGAUCGAAGAGGUGGAAAGAAGUUUUAUUCAUCGUGCGUAGAGACUCACAAAGAAAAGUUUUAUACAAUUUCGCUAUUGAAUAUUGUAAUAAAGAUAUAAUAAGUGAAUAAAUAGUUCUCUGAAGCUAAAAAGAAGCGGUCGUGCGAAACCAUAGAAUCGAAAUAAAAUUUCCGUAUAGGAAAAAGUGAUGUGAAGGAGUAGCAGUAGUACAGAAAAUGACGAAGUAAAUUCCAAUUGGACUUGAAACUACAUAGAAAAGCAAAAGACAAGUCGUCGUCAUAUGCGAAAAGCACAAAUCAAAAAAGUGAACAAGUCCAAAGCAAAACGAAAAACUAGAAGUUAAAGUGGAAGCAGUGAGAGUGGGAGAAUCCAAAAGAAAAUUUUGACAGUUGGUAAUGAUUAUAGAAAAAAGUGGCUAAACUCAUCCAGAUACAAAGGCCCGGCUCGGAUAUAGAAACUUACAUCGUAAUAAAAAGGAAAUAAUAUAUGGCUAACAAAAUUCAAGACGCGAACGUAUCAAAAGUAAAAGUUUAACCAACUGAUCACCUCUUCUACUCAUAUUACUGCUUCUAUCGCCGAUCUUUGUGGUUAUUUAACUCGCAAACACUAUUAGUAAGGCUUUAAAGUCUUUUACGUGCUGUAGUAUUAUUACCUGUGCCCUAAAACAUCGCCCCGGAAAUAGCGGAAUACUCAUAUUGAUUACAAACAACUCCAACCGUCUACAACAUUUUCUCUGCCAACGUUUAAAUAACGUUAGUAGACUAGUUAAAAUUCGUAUAAAAUUUUUUGUCAUACAUUUGUGUGUUAAUCAGCCUUAACCUGUAUUACUCGGCUUAACAUUCACUUCUUCACAAAAGCUAUAAAACAAAUAAGCGAAUAAACCGCCCUUUAAGCAGCUGUUGCUGAGGAUUAGCUGACCAUUCUUGAUAUGGCACUCGACAUGGGUUUGCCUGUAAAUGGCACUAAUGCGCUGACAUCAUCCUUCACAGCUAAAAAAAAGGAUGCAUCUACUGCAGCAGAAGAGAAUUUAUGGUCUGCAAUUUUGAGUGAAGUACAAAAACAAGGCAGCACAAAACUUCCGUCAAAUAAAUCAGUACUAGUAUUAGGCGAUAAUGCCACCGGCAAAACGACUCUCAUUGCGAAAUUGCAAGGUGUCGAAGAUCCGAAAAAAGGUUCUGGUCUCGAGUACGCAUACAUCGAUGUUAAAGAUGAGUACAGAGAUGACACAACACGAUUAGGCGUUUGGAUUCUGGAUGGGGAUCCAGGACAUACAAAUCUCCUGCGUUACGCUUUGAAUGAAACGAACUUCGAACAUACCCUCGUCAUACUCACAGUCUCAAUGACAGAGCCAUGGGCAUGGCUGGAACAACUGAAUCACUGGAUUAAAGUGCUCUCGGAUCACAUUGAGAGUCUGAAGUUGGAACCACAAGAGAAGCAGGAAGCACGACAACGGCUAAUCACCACGUGGCAAAGUUAUUGCGAAGUGGGCGAUGACUUGGAUCCGGGUUCGCCAGUGAAACGUACGAUGAGAAAUAAUUCGAUAGAUGACGACGACCUACUGCCACUUACCGAGGGCGCGUUAACAACAAAUCUCGGUUUGGAUAUUGUUGUGGUGGUCACAAAGACGGACUACAUGACAACGCUGGAGAAGGAGUACGAUUAUCGAGAUGAACAUUUUGAUUUCAUACAGCAGUGGAUACGUCGCUUUUGCUUACAGCAUGGCACAUCACUUUUUUACACAAGCGUUAAAGAAGACAAAAACUGUGAUCUCCUAUACAAAUAUUUGACACAUCGAAUUUACGGCUUACCAUUCCGAACGCCUGCGCUAUUCGUUGAGAAGGAUGCGGUUUUAAUUCCUGCAGGUUGGGAUAGCUUGAAGAAAAUAAGUAUUUUGUAUGAGAAUAUGCAAUCAUGUAAGGCAGAGGACUGCUAUACGGACAUCAUCUCGCCACCGCAGUCCAGAAAAACUGUUGCAAAUCGUGAAAUCGAGGUGCAAACAGAGGACGAGCAGACAUUCUUGUUGCGGCAGCAGGAGAUUCUCAAGCAGGGCGGACAGAUUCGCGGCGAUUCGCCGAUGCGCGUGCAAGGCGGCAAUAAGGGCAUGCAACAACGCACUCCCGGCUCCGGCGGACAGGGUUCACCCAUAAAGGUCAACGCGAAGCCAACACCAGCUACACCGGGUAAUGAAGGUGUGCUCGCCAAUUUUUUCAACUCGUUGUUGCAUAAAAAAUCCGGUUCACCAGCCACACCAGCCACCCCGCCUAAUGCGCCCAACGCCAGCAGUACACCACGUACCAAUGGCACUGAUGGCGCCAUCGAUAAGUUGGCGAUGCGCUCGGAUGCAGCAGCCGAACUCGAUCGCCUGACGAGAAGUGCGAAAAAAGAAAUGGAUUAUUCACAAAGCGAGUGUUAAGCCAUGCGAUAAAGAUUGUAUGAUUUCGAAACGACUAGCAAGACACAAGUAUAAGAAUAACAACAACACCACAGUGCGCUUCUGAACAAUCGGAGGGGGGAAAGAGCAACAAAAACAAGAUACAGUUUUUUUAAAUAAGUGAAAUGAAAUGAGUGAAACUUAUAUGAAUGUAAGCAAAAAUGACGUGUGUAAUGAAACGUAAUCCCAAAGGGUGUAUUUAACUAACCCACAACCCCUUUAAACAUAAACGAGCGAUUAAUUAACGGAUUCAUUGAAAAGUAUAAUUCUCUCAAGUAAUGAGAAACUCUCAAGUAAAAGAUUAAAAUAUUUGCAAAUUUUAAAGCAAACUUAAAAUACAUAAAGCUAGCAAGAAUGGAAGUCAAAGCAUAUUAGACUUAAAGCAACAACUUACAACAAAAAAAAAGAAAAGAAAGCAUAUUUCACUAUCGGCUUGCUAACUCUGGCUAAGUUUAAACAUGUGUGACGCCUGUAUUGAUUAUUUCGUUGUUUCCCAACAUGCUUCUGAUUUAUAGUAAUUAUUUUAAAUAUAUGUGUUUAUUAUUAUUAUUUUUUUUUAAUAAUGCAAUAAAUGCAAUUUGCAAUUGCUUUCAUAAGCGCUGCAACGUAUCAAAUGAUUAAUCUUAAUUACGGAAGCAAUGUGCAUAACAAGCGCAGAUAAUUAUAGCAAGCCUUUUGAGUUUGGGGUCGGCGCCGGUUCAACAAUUGUCUGGCGUUUUAAAGCGCCAUUUAGGCAGGAGCAUACUUUGACGCUGCUCAAGCGAAUAACACGUUGUAAAUCCAGACGUGAUUGUCUGGCAGCGUUUUAGAAUAGUCGGCGGCGUCUGCAUGUUUUUUAUCGAAGCAAUUUUAAAACGUUCUCAUGCGUUUGUGUUCCAAGUAUAAACGAUUUUGCAUUAGCGUAAUUAUAUUUAAAGAGUUUGGCAAUAUUGGCGAAAUUGCCAUUCUUUAUUUUUAUAUGCUAAUUUUUAUUAUUUUUGCUCAAAGCUUAAAGUAUACUGUAAUUUUAUAUAUAUAUAUAAAUAUUUAAUGUAAUUUAGAAAACACGAUAAUUUCAAUUCUAGAACUGUGCAUAAUUAAAAUAAAAUUAAAAUAAUAGAGCUAUCUAUGUAAAUUGAGGAGAUUCUAAAAGAAGCAAAUAAAGUACCGAUGAAUGCGUAAAACUAUUGAUAUUUGGUCAAAAGCCAAGCAUAUCAACGUGUAAGCGGCAAGUUUCGAAGCACAGAGCUGGCAACAAGCAUAUUGGUAUCUUUCAGAACAAACAAAAAGAAGAAAAUUCUAUAUAUGUAUAUAAAAAUACAUAUGUAAAGAUACUAGUAUGUCUGUUAAAUUCAACACAAGUGUUUUCAAAUCCUCUCAUGCCACAACUUUCGCACAAAAUACCAACUGCAGCUUGAUAUUGGAAUUUGUAUUUAACGAUUUUUUAAUUUAUACAAAAACCUUUCUGUCUCAUUAAAUUCAAUACUCUCUCUCUCUCAAUUGUGUUAUUAUUAAGAUACCGCAUACUAUAUUUAAAAAUAAGUUUCUUUUGUCUUAAACCAGAAGUCAAUUAUAUAAGCUUGUGUGGAUGCAUAUCGAGCAAAAAGUGAGCGAGAAAUUCAUUAAAAAAG